AUGAUCAGUGCCACGACCGACGAGCCACUUCACGUGCUCGAUCUCCCGCAACUCUACGAGAAGCCCUCCGGCACUGAUCUUGUAAAGGCGCUGGCUCUCCUGAGUUUGCAGCCACGUACUUUCGGCACCAGCGCUGAUGUCGUCAAGGGCCCUGCCGUGCAGCCCGCGGGCGUGACUCGGUAUCUCACAUCCAUCAUCUCAAGCCCGUUGGCAUGGCUCGAAACCGAUGAACUCCGCGAGGCAAUCUGGGAUGCGGCCGCUGCACGGCUCAGUGAGCGGUCUGGCCGAUGUGCAAUGCCGGCCAUGUCUCGCACUUUCGAUGUGCCCGCCUCCUCCGGCGAAGACUACACCCUGACCCUCCACGAACCAUCACUCACGGCCGAUAACCUCGGUAUGAAGACCUGGGUGUCAUCCUACCUUCUUUCCCGCCGUCUCCAUAUCCUCCUCGAGUCGCCUCCGGCACUGGUCCCUACUGCCUCGACUGACCCCUCCACAUCCAAUACUGAGAAACCUCUGCGGGCACUUGAACUCGGCGCUGGCACUGGACUAGUCGGUCUCUCGUUUGCCGCUCUCCAGGGUAAAUCGGCCACCAUCCACCUCACCGACCUGCCCGAGAUCGUCCCGAACCUCGCCCACAACGCUGCCUUGAACGUAGAGCUCCUCAACCGGACCGGAGCGACUGUGACAACUGGCGUGCUCGACUGGUCUGUCACGCCGUCGCCCCUGCCAUCAGCAGAGGAGCGGUUCGACGUGAUUCUCGCGGCUGACCCGCUGUAUUCUCCCAGUCAUCCGAGGUUGCUGGUUGAUACUAUUGCGCCUUGGCUUAGCCAUGGGCGUGAUGCGCGCGUUGUGACGGAGAUGCCUUUGCGAGAUGCGUAUCUGCUACAGGUGCAGGAGUUCCGGCGACGAAUGAGUGAGAUGGGCCUUGCAGUCGUUGAAGAGGGUGAAGAGGUUGGAUAUGACGAUUGGGAGAGUGCAGAUGGAGGCGCCUUGGCUGUCAAGUGCUGGUGGUCCAUUUGGGGAUGGAGUGAGAAGGUGUAG